AUGCACCAUAGACUGGUCCCAGGUGGCAAGCGCUCUUUCACUCUGGUCCUCGAAGUCUACGACUUGGCAGCGUCGAAUCGGCACCUGAUUGACCGCGCUGUCCACAAAGGCCUUCUCUUUCCGGAGCCGGGCAUCCCGCGUAGCCAAAGUGGCAACACGUCAACUCGGUCGUUAUGGCAUCAGGCCACCCUCUCCAACCGACUCUCAAUCUACAACUUCUACAUGCGUCUUGUCUGCGCACCAUACCACUACAACAACACGUGCACUCAAGUCUGUGAUCCAACUGUGACGCCUGAGAGGUACAAAUGCGACACGAACGGAAACAAAAUCUGUGAACCCGGUUGGAGCGGCCAGGAGUGUGGAACCGGUAGGCUGACAACUUUUCAGACAAGCAAUUUUCGAAGCCAUUUGUGA